AAAACAAGUUCAUAAAAACGUAAAAGGCAAUCAAUUUCUUAAGAGGUGGCGGUAAUUUCUGUAUAUAGAUUUGUGGUUUGUGUGUGUGCGUUGUAUCGAAGUGAAGUCGAAAAUGGGGAUCAGAUUCAUCUUGAUGGUCAACAAGCAGGGCCAGACCCGUCUUGCCCAGUACUACGAGUAUCUCACCCUCGAAGAAAGGCGUGCUCUUGAGGGUGAAAUCGUUCGCAAAUGUCUCGCCCGCACCGAGCAACAGUGCUCAUUUGUUGAACAUAGGAACUACAAAAUUAUAUACAGACGAUACGCCUCGCUGUUUUUCCUUGUUGGAGUUGACAAUGAUGAGAAUGAACUUGCAAUUUUGGAAUUCAUUCAUCUAUUAGUUGAAACCAUGGACCGCCAUUUUGGCAAUGUGUGUGAGUUAGAUAUCAUGUUCCACUUGGAAAAAGCACAUUUCAUGCUUGAGGAAAUGGUGAUGAAUGGAUGUGUGGUGGAGACAAGCAAGAGUAACAUUCUAGCACCAAUACAACUGAUGGACAAGACGUAUUAAAGAGUUUCCGGGUUUGUUACCAGGGUUUGAAACGAGGUUUUCAGUGGACUUGUUGACUGUAUUGUUAAUACUUGUGCAAUUAAGGUAGAGCAUACAUUUCAAUCCCAAUUUGUAAAAACUAAUGUUUGAUUACAUGAAAUGAGGUUUUAUGAGGUU